GAUUUUUUCUGCGAGCUAUGAAUCUUUUUUGUAAGAAUAUUCCCUAACAGCGUCGACUUGGCCGAAACACGGAAAGCUGGGACAGUUUCAGCCAAGCGUUUGAUGUGUUUUUUUCCGUCAUUUGUGUCUGCGUUUGCGGUUUUUUUUUUGAAAAGUUGGGGCCAGGACGACAACAUAGAUUCCAGUGUGGAGUAGAUAUGCGCUUUGUUACAUUCACAAGUAUGCCAGCAAGAAACUACAGGAAAACUUUGUCUUCCACUGCAGAUUUCGACAGCUAACACACUUUGGAAGAAAUUAAAAGCAGUCGACUUUGAAACUUUAGAAUGACCCGGGAUAACUUUUACUGACUUGUCGUCGAGAUUUCCAGAUUUCCUGCUGCGUGAAAGAAAGGAGAAAAAAAGUUUGGGAUUGGCUCAAACUUCUUUUUUGUGAGUUUCUGACCGCCACAUUCUUGGACACACACACACAAACACACACUCAUAUAUAUAUAUAUAUAUACAUAUAAAAGUUCGCAGACUGUUUUGGGACAAUGGAUCCGGGCCAGCAUAACCCUCCUGCGGGACACCAGAUCGUCCAUGUACGGGGCGACUCUGAGACCGACCUGGAGGCGCUUUUUAACGCCGUGAUGAACCCGAAAAACACCAUCGUACCCCCUUCCGUGCCCAUGAGGAUGAGGAAGCUGCCAGACUCCUUCUUCAAACCUCCUGAACCAAAGUCCCAUUCCAGACAAGCAAGCACAGACGCUGGGACAGCCGGAGCACUCACCCCCCACCAUGUUCGUGCACACUCGUCCCCUGCCUCCCUGCAGUUGGGAGCUGUUACUGGUGGCUCCCUGUCUGGCAUGCCCCCACCAGGUGCCUCCCCUCAGCAUCUCCGUCAGUCUUCUUAUGAGAUUCCUGAUGACGUGCCCCUGCCCCCAGGCUGGGAGAUGGCCAAGACCGCCUCCGGUCAGAGAUACUUUCUCAACCACAUCGAUCAAACCACAACUUGGCAGGACCCUCGCAAGGCCCUCCUUCAGAUGAACCAGCCUCCCCAGCCCAGUUCUGUACCAGUGCAGCAACAGAACAUCAUGAACCCAGCCAGUGGUCCUCUUCCUGACGGCUGGGAACAAGCUAUAACAUCAGAGGGAGAAAUUUACUACAUUAACCAUAAGAACAAGACCACAUCUUGGCUUGACCCACGACUUGACCCACGCUUUGGCUUGAAUCAGCAAAGAAUCACCCAGAGUGCCCCAGUGAAACAGGGAGGACCGCUGCCUCCUAGCAUCCACAGUGCAGUCAUGGGUGGCAACAACCAGAUGAGACUGCAGCAGAUUGAGAAGGAGAGGCUGAGACUGAAACAACAGGAGCUGCUUCGGCAGAGACCCCAGGAGCUCGCUCUAAGGAAUCAGCUUCCUACCAGUAUGGAUCAAGAUGGAAGUACGAACCCUGUGUCCUCCCCUAUGGCCCAGGAUGCCCGGACCAUGACCACCAACAGCUCUGACCCAUUCCUCAACAGCGGGACCUACCACUCCAGGGAUGAGAGCACAGACAGCGGCUUGAGUAUGAGCAGCUACAGCGUCCCUCGCACUCCAGAUGACUUCCUCAACAGCGUGGAUGAGAUGGACACAGGGGACCCGCUUCCAACCUCCAUGGUAACACAGCCCAGUCGUUUCCCCGACUACCUGGACGCCAUCCCGGGAACAGAUGUGGACCUGGGCACGCUGGAAAGUGAAAGCAUGGCGGUGGAGGGUGAAGAGCUGAUGCCCAGUCUGCAGGAGGCCCUGAGCUCCGACAUCCUCAACGACAUGGAGUCUGUGCUGGCAGCUACCAAGAUUGACAAGGAGAGCUUCCUCACAUGGUUAUAGAAGACCCGAGCAGGGCGCUCCGUACUCCUCUCCCUACACUCUGAACUGCUGCCUGCUCUGAUCUGUGAAGGAUUCAUAGAUGCUUUUACAAGACAUUUCAGCGAGCCUCUCUGGACUUCUGUCUCUGUCUCGGCGUGUAUGGCCAACCUCUUUUGAGGCAGUAUUGUUCUGUUCUUUUCACUGGUUUGUUUUCUCUUUUAUUUUGUCUGUGUCUUCAAGGCUGGCCCAUGAACAGACAAUUACGCAAGGGUCCCCAAAUCUUUCACAAAUCUGUCAGUGAAUCUAGGGCAUCUUUACCUAGAGCCGGGGUCACUCCUUCCCCUGGUCUCCCCUCAUAGCUGAGCUGGGCGGGUGCAUGUGCUCUUCAGCAAGGACUGCCAUCAUCAGUUAUCGCUUGGAGUCUCUGGUGCCUCUUUUUCUUGCAAUAUAGCGUGAAGAAGCACUACUUAACUGUGUUUGGGACUAUUGCAUCUAGCUUAAGUAGCUUUAUAUUUGGCCUUUACGUUUUUUACUCUUUGUUUGUUUUCGACGAGCCUGAGAAACCAAAAAUGAUGUAUUUGAAGCAUAAAGAACAAUACUGAUUUGGAGUAAAGGUAAUGUGAGGCCCAGUUUGGACAUGUUGGCUUUGCUGGGGGGGAGGUGGCGCGCAGGUUUGAGCCUGGGGACCGACUACAUUGCUGCUUGGCUGUGCCAGCAAGUCUAAGUUAAACAUUUUGUUAGAACAAGUGCCUUCAGUUGUAUGUUUAAGACACGAGCAACACGAACAAUUACCAAGUUUCUGUAAUGCAGCAAUAAGCAUUAAGCUGUAUUCAGAAACAUCAACCACACUUUCCUCUAUCUAAUGUUCAGUUAUCAAAAACUGUAUUUUUUGUUUUAUAAACACAUUAUAAUGGGAUUUAGGGAUCUGUUUUUGUAACCCUAGCUUCUUUGUAUCAGUCUUACCCAAACCUAAUUCAUGAUUCAUUCUUUGUUUUAUCUUUUUAGUAUUCUUUUAUUUUAGAUUACUACAUGUGUAUGAUAGCUUAGAUCAAAUGGCAUUUUUGCUUUUUAGUAUCUUUCAUAGAUGAGGUAAUACAUUUUUAACAGGGUAAACUGUUAUCACAGCACAUCGCUUCACCAGAUGAAGUCUGCCAAGACACAGAUUGAUUCAGUUGUGGCUCGUUUAACAAUUUAGCCGAUUCUCUUCUUGUCUCUGAUUUUACUAUAUACAUAUUAGUGUUAUUGUUUAUUUGUUGACACAUGCAGCUUUUACUAUCUUUCCUCGAUGUUAAGAUAUUCCUAAACAUUAACCAAAAAGGCAGAUCUCUAGGCUAAACAGAAACUAUAGCUCUUUGAACAGUUAAUCCUUGUGACAGCGUACAGUAUACAAGAGUUAAAUGUUUGAAACUGUCUUCCUGAGAGGGAGAUCGAGCCCUCUGUUCUAUAUUGUGCUGUGUGUUGAGAUGAGGGGUUUAUAGACUACAGCUUGGACAAGUUUAAGCAGGUUUAAGAGUCAUGUCGAGGGGUAGUGUAGAAGGCCAGGGUUUGACUGACAGUGGUGAGUAACACGGAUUGUUGAUUUAAUUUUUUUUGUGUGUGUGUGUGGAAUAAUUAAGAAACAAUCAGUUAUUAUCUCAGUCAGGAAUUGUUGUGGCAGAUUCCAAAGAUGUUUUUGUAAUGACACUUAUUUUUUGCUUCCAUUUUCACAGAGUCCAGAAAAGGUAUAAUUUGUAAAUCAGCCUCUGUAUGAACAAACUGUAUAAGCUAAUGAGAAAAUGAUGUAGGGUUUUAAGUGUUAAUGGACAUGUCUAAAUAGGUUUAGCUGAGAGAUUCUUUUUAUUUUUCGGACAAGAUGGUCGUUUUGAGUGACUAACCCUGAGAUUUGAGGAUGAGGUUUCUGAACAGAGAAGCAAGUGAUUCUUCUAUGAGCGCUCACAUGUUUACAUUCUCUCAGAGCAAGGAACUGCUACAGCCGCAGUGAAGACAAUACACUGACAACUCUCUCACAAUCACAUUAUUUUGAUGUUUACACCAUGAAUACAUCUUUGCAGUAACCUUUGGAUAAUCAGCCUGAUGUGCGUGCGCUUGGUUGAGUUCAGCCUUGCAAGACGACACAUGAUUUUAUCGCCAACCGAUACUUUGGUAGCAAUUAACUUGGAACGUGAUGGAACAAUAUUGUUUUUAUAGAUCACAGAACAUGAACAUUUUGUUUAUUGUGAGAACAUAUUCUGUGUGAGAAACCUCCUUUUAGAAUUGAUUUUUAUUGAUCAUUAAAUCGUAUAUUGAUGGAUUUAAGAUGGAUAAACAGUGUUGGUGAGAACAAUGCACCUAAAAUGAGUGGUACACUACAGUGCUUAUAUUGCACGGCUACAGAGUUUUCAUUUGAUGAUGCAAUGAUGCAUUUUUGUCACUUACACCUGAUUUUAUGCUUAGUGUGUUACUGUCAGAGCAUAUUAGCUGUUGACUGUCAUUGUAGCAGUAGAACUAAUCACACAAGUUAAAGGAUUUUGUAUUUAGAGUUUUCUAAAUGCACAUGAAAUGAAUUUAUAUUCAGUAAUGAUCUGUUCUUUUUUUUUGAUAGAUAUGUGCAUGUGUUUUAGAACAAUAAAUUCUGUUACAUUAUAUAUCUCUCUUCAUAUGAUACUUUGAAAUUGGCCUGAAAUAAAGUAUAUACUUUGUGGUAAUA